UAGCUUCCCAGCUGGAAGGCGAAGACUGAAGAGUACAAUAGAGACGCACUUGGAUGAUGGAUCCCUGUCCUAUUCAUGCAAACUACUAGUUGUACUUUUUGCGUCUACAAAAACCAAGUGGAAUUUUUCUAUUCUACUAAAGUAGAAAGCAGCAACAGUCUGCACGAUUAGCGCCUUCUAAAUCAUCAUCAGAUCAGACCCCCACAAAAUCUUCGAGUUUCAACCGAAAAACUUCGCCCCUUUUCUUUGUUGCUGCUGUCUUGACUGGACUACAGUUGUCGUCUCAUGGGUACUUUCUCCUUGCCGUCUCCGACAUCCCCAGCCGGCAAAUGGCUGGGGUUCGUGACCGCCGUUUGGGUCCAAUCCAUCUCCGGCAACAACUAUACCUUCUCCAAUUACUCCGACGCCCUCAAAUCACUCAUGGCCCUCACUCAGCUCCAACUCAACAACCUCUCAGUCGCCAAGGACAUUGGCAAGGCCUUCGGCAUCCUCGCCGGCAUAGCCUCCGACCGCUUGCCCACUCCCAUAAUCCUUCUCAUCGGCUGCGUCGAAGGCUUCGUCGGCUACGGCGUCCAGUGGCUGGUGGUUAGCGGCCGCAUCCAACCCCUCCCCUACUGGGCCAUGUGCGUAUUCUUGUGCAUGGGAGGCAACAGUACCACCUGGAUGAACACGGCCAUCCUGGUAACUUGCAUGCGUAAUUUUCGCAAAAAUCGCGGCCCAGUUUCGGGAAUCAUGAAGGGCUACGUGGGUUUGAGCACCGCAAUUUUUACAGAUAUCUGUUCGGCUUUAUUCUCGGACGACCCGGCAUCUUUUCUACUCAUGCUCACGGUCGUCCCCUUCGUUGUUUGCCUGGCUGCUAUUGCUUUUCUCCGGGAAAUCCCUCCUUCAUCCACGGCGAGCGAAGAAAAAGAAGAGACUAAGUACUUCGGAAUCAUAAACGUGAUUGCGGUGGUCAUCGCAGUUUAUUUACUGGCAUUCGACGUGUCAGGGAUUCAUGGCCGUUUGAUUUCGCAGAUCUUUGCGGCGGUGCUGUUGGUGCUGCUGGCAUCGCCUCUGGCGGUUCCUAUUUACCUUGUGCUGAAGGAUUUAGCCAGGUCCCCGGCUUCGGAAAAGUUAGACGUGGAGGGGAAUGCUGCGAGGGAACCACUGCUGCUAGCUGAAGAAACGGUUGGGGUGGUGGUGGUGGUGGAGGAGAAGAAGAAGGCGGGGGAGAGAGGGGCGGCAGUGGUGGAGGGGAAAAAGAAGCCCGCAAUCGGAGAAGAUCACACAAUAUGGGAGGCGUUGAAGACGGUGGAGUUUGGGAUAUUGUUUGUGUCAUUCCUGUGUGGAGUCGGGACGGGGCUAGCGGUGAUGAAUAACAUGGGCCAAAUGGGAUUGGCCCUGGGUUAUGUGGACGUGUCCAUUUUCGUGUCUCUGACUAGCAUUUGGGGAUUCUUCGGGCGGAUUCUUUCGGGUUGGGUCUCGGAGCACUUCAUCAGGAAGGCUGGAACACCAAGGCCUAUUUGGAAUGCAGCAUCUCAGAUUUUAAUGGCUGUUGGAUACGUAGUGAUGGCCAUGGCUUUACCAGGUUCCCUCUACAUUGGCUCUGCAGUUGUUGGGAUUUGCUAUGGGGUUCGUCUGGCUGUGACGGUGCCAACCGCUUCUGAGUUAUUCGGCCUCAAGUAUUAUGGUUUGAUCUACAACAUUCUAAUCCUCAACCUACCACUGGGCUCCUUCCUCUUCUCUGGCUUGCUUGCUGGUUUCCUCUAUGAUUCCCAGGCCACUCCAACGGCAGGAGGAGGCAACACUUGCAUAGGUGCCCACUGUUACAGGCUUGUGUUUGUGGUUAUGGCCAUUGCAUGCGUUGUUGGUUUUGGUCUGGAUGUAUUACUAGCCAUCAGAACAAAAGCUCUGUACACCAAAAUUCACGCCAGCAGGAAAUCAAAGAAGACUGCUGCCACAUCCUAAUAAUAGCAAUUCAGGUGUUCACCGUUCAAUCGUAGGACUGAUGGGGGAUUCUCUCCAAGUGAUGUCCUGCAGUUGAGUUCCAGUGAGCAAUCAAUUGUAUUUGUAUGGGUUGAAUUCAUUUGUUUCUUAGAACAUACGUGGAACCAGUGAAAUAUUGGUUCAGUUGUAUUAUUGUGUUGCAUUGACGUUCCAUCAUUAGCUAAUGAUAUACUGUUUGUAU